AUGUCUGAAUCUGAGACCGUAUUUCCCACUUCGUCUCUUACGAUAACAGCCACCACGGACACAAGCACGAACCCCGUUGUGGAAACGUUAACCACUCCAACUACAACAAGUUCGACUACCUGGCAGACAACAACGAGCAGCAGUGAUAUAAGCACGACAUCUGUUAUUGAAUCUAUAAACCAAUCUUCGGGGUCUCAUGAGACAGAGGAAACAAACGUUGUUACGAGCCCGAUUGUUUCCUCUACGAUUUCCAGCCCAGUUACGGCCAUUACAGCGCCUUCUGAGUCAAGCACUACCAUCCAGACCGAAAAUCCCACCUUCGUGGCAUCGUCUGUAGGUGAGAGCUCUGAGGCAACAAUCGACUCUUCGACUUCAGCAUUUCUACCGACCAUGUCUUUGACAGCAUCUCCCAGUUCGGACAUCACAAAUGAAGCCACCCACACAGACUCGUCUGCCUCGGCAAGUACCACUGCAUCUGUUUCAGCAUUGGGAACGACGAGUGAAACUUCGUCAGCAAUCAUGACACCUUCUCCGUUACCGACAACCAUCACUGACACAGUCGAAGCCUCGUCGACAUUGGAAUUGGAAUCCCAGACCUCCAGCAGUUCUGUCUCGGGCAUGGCUAGUACCACCAACAAUACAAAUAUCGUGACUGGUGGCUCGGGGACUUCCGCCGCAACUUCAUCAUCGAUCCCUGGGAAAGAUCCACCUUUGUCUACCAGCAAGUUGGACAGUCCGAGCUCCAGUAUCACGAGUACAAGCGCCGGGAGCUUGAGUUCAAGCAAAUUCGUAACUACGUCUGGCAACAAAGACACCAUUAAGCCAGCAGACCAGAGCCAAACGUUACCUCCGUCAAGCAUUACCGGGUCGUCAACUUUGGCAACAGAAAGUACCACCUCAGCCACCACGACAAACGCGUUGGCUACAUUCACAGCGACCUCCACUGAAGUUAAGCGUUUUGCCUCAAUUUUCGAUUCCGAAGAUGUGGCACCAGGAACUGCUGCUCUCGUUUAUUUAGAAAUACACGACCCAGAGACAGGCGAAGUUAUUGACGUUGUUGUGUAUGUGGUCGAGUACAUUGGCUGCUUCGGAAUACCGGCAGACCAAAAUCCCUUCGGUGGAGUAAACGCAACAGAUCGAUUUAGGAAUAAUCAAGACGCUGGAGACAAAGCAUCUACCUGCGCUGGGUACUGCGCCGGCGACGGAGAAUCACUCUCAGCCAACAACCAAGGUGCAUGCUUCUGUGGAGAGCAAAUUAGUACUACUGAGCCAGGCCAAGACAGAGAUAACUGCGAAGCAAGAUGCCGUGGUGACGCAAGUGAGAGGUGUGGCGGUGGUGCAUUAAGUCGGAAGCGAUCGCUCCGUCGGGCGGCUGAGACAUAUAUCAAUGUCAUUCUAGCCAAACCGGCGAGUGAAGUCGUGAUCAUUGUUCAAAAGAACGAGACCGAGACAUCUACGGGCUUCACGUCACCGAUUGCGAUACCUUUCACCUCAAGCACUGGAUAUAGGACUACCGCAGAAGCCUCGUCGAUAUCUAAUUCAAUUAGCAAGCAAAGCUCGGUCGAGUCCACACAGGUCUCCGCUUUCUCGAAUGGAGCGCUAAGCACGUCUAUCCAGAGCCCUGCGACCGAGAUAUCGGGCGGGACGAGCUUGGUGAUAUCGGAGACGUCAACAACUACAACUUCGAUCAAUUCCAUUAUACCAUCCGGUACAAGCUCGCAAAUUACGCCUCUUACAGCGAGCAGUGGCGCAAAAAUAUCUCCCACGAUUCGCCCAUCUUCCACAAGCACAGAAUCAGUAACAGGAAGUUCGACCCCGCCCAGCACUAUCGAUAUGAUGGACCCCAUCAUACUUGGUGUCACUCCUAUUGAUGAUACAUUCGUAUCUAAACGCAACGCGAAUCUAAUCAAUAAUCUCGCUGCUACGGAAGGAUUUGGGGAGUUGAUGUCUGGUGGCGAGCUUUUAGCCGCAACGCCAGGCGUUCCUAUUAUGCCAUUCCGCGUGAGUCCUCAAGGCAGUAUCACGCGAGUCUUCUCGUUGCUCGCUGACGCGACACUAUCUUGGACCAACGUCGAGUUCGUAGGUGGCCGUGCUAGCUUUUGCAGAGAUCAUGAUGAUGGGUUGGUAUACAUUAUACUCGACGCCCACUUGGUCCCAAAUGGGUGUACUAGAGUCAACCUCGUUGCAUACUUAGCUACACAAUGUCAAGAUAACGAAAUUACACCAAGCCCGACUGUCGAUCACACAACCGCUACAACCGCUACAACCGCAACUGACAAUACUGACAACGGGCUUGGAAUUAUGACCUCUCUUCCUUUUAUUCCCGAAAAUAUAUUUACGAGGGGUGCGUUUGUCACGGGAGAAGGCUGCGUAAUGACCAAUCUGUCUUGGGUACCCGGCCAGCCAACGUUCAUCAAUUUGGGAUUUAUGGAUUGCAUGACCACCAGUGAUCGCAAGGCCGCUACCCUGACGGGCAGUUGGUGUGGAACCUGCUCAAAUAUGUUCACCCCAGACGGACUGAAGUCCCUCUGGAGCGAUGAAGGCUAUUCUCACCUCAACGCGAGCUAUUGCAGACAGAGUGCGACGAACUGCACACUAUGUCAAGUCAUUUGGAAGGCGGCGAAGGCUCUCUUCCAGCGGGCCGAUCCAUCGCCGCUGAUCUUUAAGGCAAGUUGCCAGCGUGCAACACCAGCGUUGGUCGCAUCCGCCGCUGGACAACCCCAUCCACUAAGCUUAGAUACUUUGACCGCGAAUGCUUGGAGCGAAGAACAGGGAAGAUACUUCCUUGGAGUAUGCGAGAUCGCAGCAUUCACGUACGAAGGAGACAGUCUAAAUGAAUACUUCCCUGCGCGGCCUCCAAUCUUGGACUCCAUGACUAGUGACUUGGUCAUAGAUGCUGCUCGACGAUGGUUCAAGGACUGCCGAGCCAACCAUCCAGACUGUGGUCCUUCUGAGCAGCCGCCAAUUCUGCCGACCAGAGUCCUCCGCGUUGACUAUGGAGGUAGAGAGGAUUCCAUUCAACUGCAUAUAUCGGGAAAAGGGCAACGUGGGGACUAUCUUGCACUGAGUUAUAGCUGGGGUGGGCCACAGCCGUUGACUACCAUGACCCACAACAUUGACGCAUUGGUGGGUGGUAUCUCAUUGUCGCAAUUUCCAAGGACCCUAAGAGAUGCCAUCAUCGUCACACGAGAGCUAGGUUUUCAGUAUCUAUGGAUAGAUGCUCUUUGUAUCCUUCAAGAUAGUCUUGAGGACAAGGCUUAUGAAAUCCAGCGGAUGGGGAAGAUAUACAAGAACGCCACUGCCACAAUCAUUGCCGCAUCGUCGAAAGCGGCUGGAGAUGGCUUCCUUCAGUGGAAAACAGAAACUAAGUUCUGUUGCCAACAGCAGCUGACUGGUCCUAAUGGCAGGCCCGGGCAUAUUUACCUGACACCUCUUCAGUCUACAUCAUUUCACACACAACCUCUCUCACAUCGUGCAUGGGCCUUUCAGGAGUACCUUCUCUCAAGCAGGCACCUCUACUACACGGACAAGGAGUUAGUCUGGCAGUGUCGGUCCCUCAGCCUGGAGACAAUUCGACCGAACAUCGUUCAGUACCCUAGCCGCGCGUCUCGGGUUCCAUUUGGCAUUUUCCACGCCGCAGAGUCCUCCGAUGCACAUCUUACAACGGAAGGACAAAAGAAUUUCUGGCACGACAUUUUGACCGACUAUACGAGACGAGCGCUAACCGAUCCAGAAGAUAGACUGAAUGCAAUUACAGGUGUGACUCAAGAGUUAUCGGAACUCUGGAGUGAUGAGUGUGUUUUUGGCCUGUGGAAGAGUAGAUUCAUUGAAGAACUUGCCUGGACAGUUUCCUGGGCAGGUGACUUCGAAGCACGAUCAGAUCGAGCGCCUACUUGGUCGUGGGUAUCUAUGCCGCCAACUGUACAGAUAGCUUCCGGUCGUUUCGAUAGCGAGCCGGAUGCCAUACUCGUGUCAUUAUCAAUCAAUAAAAAGUGUGCCGUUGUACAGGGUAGGACCCUUACCUCAGCCCAAGCUCAGCUUGUGCUGGAUGAUGGAAUCUACCAAAAAGAGCAGCCCUGGGGUUAUAUAGAGACCGAUCUAGAGGAGACUAAAGCAACAUCGCAGAGCCUUCUCUUGCUACUUGGAUACGACGCCGAUGUAGCGUACGCGCUUGUUCUCGGCAGGGUUGACGAAACUCAGUAUAUGAGGCUGGGCUUGGGGGUUUUUGAGCAAGUCAGCGAAGAGGUUCCGGCCUUGUGGGCUCAGGCAGAGAUAAAGGAAAUCAUGCUGGUCUGA